AUGUCCGCCACCUGUGCAGCAGACUUUCCCACCCCACGGAGCAGCGUGUGCUUUAUGGUCAGCCUCUUCGUGGGCCCGGCACUUUCUUGGGUCUCUCCGUACCUUGAGGCCAGCGACCAUCUGCUGGGGAAUUUGGACGACUUCAUUGCCACCCUGGAGGGCACGCUUGGGGAGCUGAAUCGCGCCCUGGCGGCUGAGAUGGCCCUGCAGAACCUCCGGCAGGGGGCUUGCCCAGUUACCGAGUCCACCGCAGAGCUCCGUUGGUGGGCUGUGGACACCCUCUAUGCAGCUGCCUGA